GGAGGACAUGGCGGGCCCUGCUCCGGAGCCCAGACCUCGCCUGUAGAGAAGGCCCAUUUCAGACAUUUUUAUAGAAGCCCUUCAGCCUCAGAAGCCAGGCCCUGGUGGUGCAGCCACUGUGAGGAAAACACCACCCACCCCUCCUGAGAAGAUGUGGGUGAGGAAGGCUUUUGUCCUUGGACCUCACAGCCCCGUUUGAGAGCAAAGAGGCCUUGCUGAGGAAGACAGCCGAUGAAGUGAGUGGAGCCACAGUGGGCUCAAGCGCUGACCGCUGGGGCCCAGAGAGGUCCAAACCAGAGCCCAAGGUGGACAGGGAGUGUUUGGCCAAGGCAGAGCCCCCUCUUCAUGGCACGAAUUCAGAAUUCCUGGAGGUGGCCUGAAAAAUGCAUGAACAGCAGGAGAAAGUGCUUUUGAAGCACGACACGGGUAGCCUCAGGGCCCCAGGGGCCUCAGCCAGGGUUGUCCUGAGAGAUGACCUGAGUCCUUCGGAAGAGCAAGUCAAGCUGGCCCGCAAGCAUGCGAAAGCACCUGAGCCCCCUUUGCCCAGGCCAGGAAGAGACUCAGAACUAGCUGAUGUCAAGGUCAGACCAGUUGACAGAGGAGUCCCAGCCCCUGCAGGGGGCAAGUGGGCCUCCAGGGGGAGCAUGAAGAAGUGUAUCAGCCUGCUUGGGGAGGACAGCGCUGUGCCCAUGUCCUUGGCAGCGGGGCCUGGACCCCCCUUGGCCACCCCUGAUUCCCCAUUGGCAAUGGCAGAGCCCAAGAAAGUGGGUGUGAGUGUCCAGGAGCGGGUCAGAGGCUGGGCUGCUGAGAGCUCCGAGGUGAAGCCUGAGAUGAGGAGGAGGACAUUCCGGGCUCGGCCGCUGUCCGCAGAUUUGACCAAAGUGUUUUCAAGUUCAGAUUCAAGCAAGGAAGUCAGAUAUGAGAAGUGUGCUGAGCUGAGUGGCGAGCUUUCUAAGAAGCUGAGAGAAAAGCCAAAGGAUGGGCCUGGUCUGGCUGAAACAUCUGCUCCAAGAAGCCCCUGGAAGCUGGUGACACUCGGGAAAAGUCCAGGUAGACGGAGCAGAAAGACAGUUCUAACCAAGUCCCUGACAACUCUUGGGGUGUGAGCACAGCAGGAACUCCUGACGUCACUCCAGAAGAUGAGGGAAGCUUCCAGACCGUGUGGGCCACAGUGGUUGAGCAUCACGUGGAGAAACAUACUUGUGUCUAACCCUAUGAGAUGCUGUCUCUUAGCCAUGCCCCCCAGCAAUGUGCCCGAUACACGUGCCCCAAAAUCUAGGCCCAGGCAGGAGAAAGGCUUUGGCUAGGGAAGGACCCACUGGAAAUAAAAACUUCAAGAAAGACAACCCCAGGAGCCUUGACAAUCCUAAGACAGAGAAAUUGGGACAUAAUGCUCUUUUGAAUGGAGAAGGUGAGUCAAGAAGGUAUCACACAUCUCUCCAGGAAAAAUACCCUUUGGGUGAAAAACACAAGAGCCCUUUCAUAAAGCACUCAGAAAAUCCUCCCACAUCCCAGAGGAUUGAGACCAAGUAUGACAUUAUGCACACAGUGUGGGAGCGUGCUCACAGCGAGGCCAUCUCAACAGCACCAGAGAAGAAAGCGGUGACCCUCCGGAGCAGCAAGUCUCUGAAGGGGAGGCAUCUGUUCCAGGAAGUCACCCUGGCUGAUCUGGAGUCUGGUCCAGAGAGUCAGGUGGGGUCUGUCCAAAGGGUCAGUUUGAUUUGGGAAGCUUGAGUGAUGCAUGAAUCUAGUGGGCCAAAGCUUGAUUUUCGAGAGUCAAAGGAUGUGAUUGGGGGCAAUUGCCUGUCGCCCAGAUGGACAGGUAGGGUUGUAGGGAGCUGGCAUGAAGUGGUCAAUGAAGAGCCCCAUUGUCCUGGGACCACCUCCAUGAGCACUGUCAAGGCUUCUGUCUGGGAUACCCAGCAUGAAGGGCCCGAAGGGACUGGACACAAGCCAGGAGUAGAAGCAAGGGGUCCCCCCCAGGAGUGCUGCCUGGAUCCUCCUUCCAAGGCUAAGGUUGAGCCCUUUGAAUUCCAAGCACAAGCACAUCCAGAUGUGUCUCCUGUGCAGAAAGGGACCCUUACUGCACCUGCCAGUGAGGGUGACCAAAGGCUGGUCCAGAUACCAGAGCCUGAAGUCAAAAUGAGGAAAGCUGGUUUGAUUGACCAGAGAAUGGACAGAUGGAGACGGCGGACUCUACCCCAUGAUGUGAAAUUUGAUGCAUUUGGUUUCCUCACCCCAAAGAACUCAUCGAAGGUGGAGGAGAGGCAGACUGAUUAUUUGACUCACACACCUGGUGCCUUAAAAAAACCUCAGUUAUCCCCCAAUAGCGUGGAGACCCAGGAGGUGAACCCAGGUGCUUUACAGGACCAGACUGUCUCAGUGGUAAAGCAAGGGUCACCUGUGGAACCCAAGACAAUAUUUUUUGCAGUAACCUAUCAGAUUCCUGAUAUUCAAAAGGCAAAGGGUGUUGUUAUGUCAGGGCUUGAC